AUGGGGCUGGCCCGGAGAGUGAGGGUUCCUGAUGGGAGCGCGAGCGAGUGUCACCCGAGAGCCCUGGCCCGGGCGCGGGCCGCGCGCGCCGCCACCCCCUUCGUGUUCACACGGCGCGGCUCCAUGUAUUACGAUGAGGACGGGGACCUUGCUCACGAGUUCUACGAGGAGACAAUCGUCACGAAGAACGGGAGGAAGCGCGCCAAGCUGAAGAGGAUCCACAAGAACCUGAUACCUCAGGGCAUAGUGAAACUAGAGCAUCCUCGCAUUCACGUGGAUUUCCCAGUGAUUAUCUGCGAGGUGUGAGUCCCAGACAUCGCUGCCCGUGGGUGGGAGGCCCUGCCCCACCACCUCCAGCCUCACUGGGCCAGGCUGUAUCGUGUUCCCACCGAGGAGGACUCCAGCCGUGUGGCAGGAUGGUGGCUCUCCCCUCGCCUGGAGGUGAGGCAGGACGGAGCAGGCCUUCGCAGGAGAUGGGUGACUCUGUGCAAUGACUGCUUAAAAACAUCCUCGCUUGAGUCAGAAGACUAAAAUACCUUUUGUAGCCUCUAGCCGACGUUUGAUGGGUAACUGGAACUGCAGACAAGCUGCUGUGAUUGAGCUGUGAAAGGGAGAGCAAGCCUGCACUUCUCAUCAGAGAGAAUCCCCUGCUUCUCAGGUAUGCGGCCCAGGGAGAGCCAGGGCACGGUAGCGCCCUGCCCUGCACCCCGCGGUCCCUGGGGCCCGCAGGUUAGAUGGCCAGUGUUGCAGCAUGUCCCUUUGACACCGGUGUGAUGUGACGCUCCCCUGUGUGGGUUUGUCGAUGGAGGAUAAGCAGAGCAGGCUGAGGGGUCUCAAAGCACAUUGGGCUGGCUGCUGCUCUCCUCUCGGGGAGGGGAUGGAGAUCAGAUGCCGCUCUCUUAGACCUCGGUCUCUUCCCCUACUGCGAUUCCCCACUUAAGCCAGCACUGGGGAGGUUGGCUUUACUGCUGCCUGCUGGAGAUCUCUGCAGUCCCUGGCCCCUGCUGGUGGCAGCAAGAUCCCAGCUCUGCAGCGGACUUGCCUCCCCCAUUGUCACACUGGCUCCUGCUGAGCACCGUCCCUCGCCUGCUGCUGCGGGGCUGGGCUGCCGGGCAGCCUCCUCACCCCCGCUGCUGUUUGAACACACCUCCCUGUAGGCUGGGCCUCGACUGAGCCAAGCAGGAAAGGAAUCCUGUCUUCCUUCCCUGUGCCCCUGAAACAAUCAAUUGGUGUACCUGCCCCGGCUUGGAAGUCUCCCUGGCGAUGUGAACUAUGGUUCCUCCCGCAUCCCAGCUGGUGGCUGGAGGAGAAAUGCGAUGCACUUUAAAGGGAGGCUUGCUGCCCCACCUCGGAAGGUCCUGCUCUUUUCUCCUCUUUCCUCCCACCUAAGAAAGUCGAGGUCUUGGCAGCACCGAAGAACCUCUCACCCCUGUGUGUGUCCAGCUGCUGGGGGAAAGGCUUGACCCCAAAUGCCUUGGCAGCAUGAGGAGCCCCUGCCUCCCUUCUCAGCUCUGCCCAGACCGGGCAGGCAGAGGAGGACCGGCAGCAGGCACAGCUUUAAAGUGGGUCAGAGCCUACUCCCCACAGCAGCCAGCUCGGCUUUCCUCCUCUUUCGUUCCAGAACUUAUUUACUUUCUAAGCACUUCAGAUGUUUGCUACCUCGAUUUUUAAUUUAAGCUGCUGGCACUUGGCUGCCAGCCCUGUCGGUGUCUACGUUGGAUGUAUCCAUCCCCGCGUCCGCUGAGAGCCGCCCGGGCGCGGGGCCACAUUCCCAGCUUCGGGGAGAUAACGGCGAUGUGGCUGUUGCUGUCUUCCUGUCACCACCUCUUCCCUUCACGUCCCUCCACCCGCGGUUCCCAUCGACAGGAGCGAGCACACAGGGUGACAUGGAUGUGCUGGCUGCCACCAGGCAGGAAAGUGGAAGGGCAGGGCUCAUCUACACUGUGAUGCUGGGCGCUUCUUUCGACAUCUUUUGUUCUGCUUGCUUGAAAGAGUCUUGUCUUAAAACAAUCCCUCACUGAAGUGUUUCUUAUUUGCACCACCUGCUCUUGAGUUUCUCCCUGGCUGGAGCUCUCUGGGAAGGGCAUCCCUUGGGCUCCACAGGAGAGCAGGAGCUGCUGUCCCCAGGAAGAGGAGAGAAAACUGUGGCCACGCUGUCUGUGCUGCCUUGCCCCACUGCUGUUUGAGAGCAUGGGAAGCUGCACCGACCCCGCCUUGGGCAGGGGGGAAGGAGGACAAGGAGUGGGGAGGGGGUUGGCAGUGUUUGCCUGCCCCAGUGGGGAGCCCCUCACCUGGCUACCAGCCAAAAAUCUGCUGGCAAGGCAUGGCCUGAAUCUGGGGGAGGGGGCAGAGACUGUGACCAGCUUAGCAAGGAUGCUUUUGUCCUUUCUGACAGGCUGCCCAUCCUUCCCCCAGUGUAUUAAACAUACUUCCCCAAAACCCAUGCCUUCUCCCACUCUUGUACCCCCUCAGUGUCACCAGAGUGGCAGCGAACCUCUGCAGGCUGCCAACAAACUGCACCCUGCCCCGCUUCUUCCCAGGCUGGUCCCCACAGCAGCCAGCCCCCAGGACCCCAGCAAUCCUGCAGCAGCAGGGCCUUGGGAGCACCUGGAGGGAUCUUAAAAGUGUGAAGAUCACUGUAAAUAGUAUCUGUGUCCACUGUGGUGUUGGAGCAAGCAAAAAAAAAAAAAAAGUUUUCCUUUUGAUUUUUUUUUUUUUUUUUUUUACAAUUUCUGUGCACCAUUGUGCUUUCCCGUGUGGAUGUGUAGCCGAAUCGUACUCACCGACACUAGGCUCCUUGCUCCCCUAGCGUGUGGGUAGGACCCAUGGGUUUGGGAAAUGUACACUACUUAUGGUCCUUCCUCCCAGUGCAUCUGUCCACUUUUGUUAAAUUUCAAUAAAAUUAUUUGUAGAGCCCA